AUGGCUGCGGAGACAUCUCAAGUCAAGGCAGACAAUGCUUCCCUCGUGGAACAGAUGAAGCAGAUCAGCAAGAAGAGUCACAAUGAGACAUGGAGAGCACGCGGGGGUACCCCGACACCACCAGUGAAGGCAUAUCUGGACCACCUUGCGGAAAUAUCUGAAAGGGAUCCAGUGCUACUGGUGGCGCACGCGUACACACAGCAGAUGGCACUCCUUGCUGGCGGACAACGGAUCAGCAAAUUCAUCCGCUCGACACUGCCGAAAGUUGAUGGAGAUGAGGGAGUCUCUGUCUUUGCGUUCAAAGAAUCGGUGCCACAGCUGAAAAGCGACUACACCGAAGCGGUCAAUGCUCUGGGAACUCAGCUUGAUGAAGAAACUGUCAACAGGAUCUUGCAGGAGCACGUGCGAGUUUUUGAGCUCAACAACAAGGUCAUUGCGAGCUUUCCAGUCAGGGCGAGGCACAGCAUCCAGGCAGUGCUUCGGAUGCUACCUCCAGAGCUGCUGCUCUGCAUCUUUGCUGCCACCUUUGCAGUCGGCAUGAUGUGCCUCCUGCCCCACUUUAAUGCCUUUGCAGCCUGGCUGGACGGCAAAAUGGUAGCUCCUGAUGUGGAAGGACCUUCUGCUGCUGCUGAACGGGCAGAACUCUGA